UCAUAUGACACACUGAUGCAAGGACUGAUCCCACUGACGGACGUCUUGUGUAAAAACAAAGGCAGCUCGGGCACUUGUCUGUGUGUCAGGGAUGAGAUGCUGUAGCCUGCUGACAUAGUUUGGUGGUAGUACUUGUUAAUAUGUGGAGGAUGGACUGCCGAGGAGCUCUGCCUGCGAUAUGCACCGCUUGUUUCAUCGGCCUGGUGGUGAGCCAGACCACACUGACUCCUGCUGUGAUGAACACCACUAUCAUUGAGAACGCGAGCAGUCUGACUAUGACUCCCGUGAUUCUCAGCAGCACGACCCCGGGCUGCUUUACAUACAACACUUCUACUUGUGAGCCCUGUCCGCCGGGAUCGCAGUACGACAACAACACCUUGCUGUGUGCGUGCUGCUCUGACCCCGGGCUGUGUCUAUUUCCUGGAGCCUGCCUGCCAUGCACCAGAGGUUUCUAUCAGCCACUUGCAGGACAGCAGCAGUGUCUGCCCUGCAAACAAGGCUUCUACACAAAUUUCACUGGAAGCCCAUUAUGUCACCCCUGCCCUCCUGGAUCCUUCAACAACAUCACCGGAAAAGACAGUUGCACAAGUUGUUCACCAGGCUCCUUUUCAUCGCAGCAGAGCUCCACCUCGUGUGCACCAUGUGCACAAGGAAGUUUUUGCAGCUCCAUUGGUUGUAGCCAGUGCCAGAUGUGUCCUGGAGGAACAGAGGCCCUACAGACUGCCGCUACAGUCUGCUCACCAUGUCGUCCAGGCAUGCACAAGGCUCCCCAUCAGGCCAUGUGUCAGAUCUGCGGCAGUGGCUACUUCCAGAUCCACUAUGGCCAGGAGAGCUGCGAUGUGUGCCCAGAGGAUCACUACUGCCCUAGUCCAGACGUGAACCCCAUCCUGUGUCCCAACGAUGCGUUUUGUCCAGAGGGCAGCUUGUCUCCAGGCUACUGCAUGGAGACUUUCUUCCGCAAAGAAGGGGAAACUUGUGAGCUGGCUCCUGUCACUAUUUCUCUUUUAGUUAUUGGAGGAGGGGUGGCCCUGCUCUUCAUCAUUUUAAUGGUCCUACGUCGGCGGAGAGACACUGAUGGAGAACUGUCUGUAGCCCGAGCUCCAUUAUUACGCAAAGAGCGACCUCAAGGUCGAUUCUAUGGGAUCCCCUGUGAUGCAGAACCUGUAUAUGCUGGAUGGUGAACCAAAGGACCUCUGCCCAGCCUUCCUAAGUGCUUAGUAGGACAACACCAACUGAAGUCUUAUCUCCAUAUGGGUCCCAACUAAAGACAAACGGACUGAUGGAGGAAGACUGAUGGUAAAACACUGGACUGGUGCCUUGAGAGUACUUUGACAAUCCACCAGCUUUUUUUUUAAUGCGGUACAUUUGAAUAUAUUAUUGAGAAACAGAAGCUUUUUUUGUGAAUUCUUGUAGUUUGACACUGUUACAGUUGUUCCACUCAGAGACAAACACACUCCUUUUGUAAACUAGAUUAUUGGAUUAUGAGAGGUAUGCUGGAACGCUGGUAACGAGAUGCGUAACUCGACAUGGUGGGAACCUCUCCCUCUUAUGAAAAGCACUUUUUUUUACAGAGGUAAUUGAUUUACUUUGCACUUACAUGUUGGUAGCCUUGUGAAUGCCUCUAUUAUCUCUUGUAGUGUCACAGUUACAGAGAAGUGUAAACUGUGUUUGGUUGGUUCCUUGUGUUUAUAAUGCAUUACAGCGCAUCGUGUUGUCUGUAGUUUCAUUGAUACCUUUGCUCCAUGUUUUUCAUCUGCUUUUUUAAGGUUAUUAUUUGUAUGUUUUAAAGUAAAAUAAAUAAAAAUGAUUAAAUUGA